GUUCUUCUUAGUACUAUUGCAGGAUGUCAAGCCUUUCUGUUAUAUAAUAAAAAUAUUUUAUUGUGGUGUUCACAGCUGUCCGAAUGUUCAAAGUUUGUAGCUAGUUCUGAAUGAUUGUUUUUUUCUCUUUUCUUUCUCUUCAUUGUCUUGCUUGUUCAGUCAAUGGGAGGGACUAAAGAGGACAUCACCUACAUUUUGCUCAUCUGAAUGAGCAGUUUGUCCCGCUGGGAGUCGGCGCGUUUAAACCGAGCCGUGCGUUAAAACUUGGUAGUGCUGGCUCCUCCACCAGCAGCACAAUGGCCAGUCCAGAGGACGUGAUCGAGCCCGAGGCUCUGACCUCAGCUGCACAAAACCUGGGCCAGAGGCGCUUCUCUCGGGACGUUCACAAUCUGAGUCCAGAUGAGUUGGAUGGGCUCAUGUCAACCAGCGAGGGCUAUCCAUUCCUCGUGGUUCAUCGCCUCCCUGAAAUUAAAGAAGAAGGUGUACCUUACUUAAUUCCUGGUACUCCUAUUACAUGCAAGGUGGACAACAUGGAGAAAUAUACCACUCGCUCAAAGGUUCGGGUAGGAACCCUGUACACGGUGCGUCUAACACACGGAAACUUCCACUGGGUAGUGAAGAGGAAGUACAAACACUUCCAGGAGCUGCACCGGGACCUUUACAAGCACAGGCUGAUGUGUCACCUGCUGCCUAUUGGAAGGUUUGCAAAGGAGAGGCAGCAGCUGGGGAACAUGUCGGAGGAAAUGCCCAGCCUGCAGGGCACGGAGCGGACCCGAAGUACAUCCAGCAAAGGGAAAUUCCUUGAGGAGUACCUGAAUGGUCUGCUGGAGAACACAUUUUGCCGAAAUGAUCACAGCAUGCUGGAAUUCCUCUCCAUCGGUCCUCUCUCUUUUGUCACAGAUCUGGGGCCUAAAGGCUUGGAGGGACCAAUCAUGAAAAGGUCUGGCGGUCACCGGAUCCAAGGUCUGAACUGCAUCGGCCACGACCGCUUCUGUUUCCGCUGGUCGCACCGCUGGCUGGUGGUGAAGGACUCCUUUCUCAUGUACAUGAGCCGAGACAAUGCUGUGAUCAACUUCGUGCUGCUGUUUGACCCAGAUUUUAAGGUGAAAGUGGGUCGUGCUGACACCGGCACCAAAUAUGGAGUCUGCAUUGAGAACUUCACACGGAGUUUGAUAAUAAAGUGCAGCAGCUACAGACAGAGCCACUGGUGGAGCCACGAGAUCAACCGGCUGGCAGAAUCAUGUGACUUCCUCAAAGUUCAGCGCUUCGGUGGAUUUGCUCCUCCACGGGAGAACACGCUCACUAAAUGGUAUGUGAAUGGAAGUGGCUACUUUGCAGACCUAGCUGAUGCUCUUGAGAAAGCAAAGGAGGAGAUUUUUAUCACUGAUUGGUGGCUCAGUCCUGAAGUUUUCCUAAAGAGGCCAGCAACUGAUAACCACUGGAGGCUGGAUGAGAUCCUUAAACGAAAAGCAGAACAAGGCGUCAAAAUAUGUAUCCUGCUGUACAAAGAGGUGGAACUGGCACUCGGCAUCAGCAGUGACUACAGUAAGAGGACUCUGAUGAACAUGCACCCGAACAUCAAGGUGAUGCGACAUCCUGACCACGUGUCGUCUGUGGUGUUUUUUUGGGCUCAUCAUGAAAAGAUGGUGGCCAUCGACCAAACCGUAGCCUUUGUCGGGGGUAUAGAUUUGGCGUUUGGGAGGUGGGACGACAGUCGGUACCGGCUGACUGACCUGGGCUCUACAGAAGAGUCGAACGGUGCGACUGAGGAGCAGCCGAGUGAUGUGGUGGAUAACGGCACAGCUGAUGUUCCAAAGCCGGUCAUUCAACCAGAACAAGGUCCAGAUAGUCUGGCUGGAAACACCAAACUGUGGCUCGGCAAAGAUUACAGCAACUUCAUCACAAGAGACUGGGUCCAACUGGACCGGCCGUUUGAAGAUAACAUCGACCGCACCAAAGUGCCUCGCAUGCCGUGGCGUGACCUGUCUGCAGCUGUUCACGGCAAAGCUGCCAGAGAUGUGGCCCGACACUUCAUCCAGCGCUGGACCUUCACUAAGAUYUUCAAAGUCAAGUACAGAGAUGACUUCUACCCUUACCUUCUACCCAAGUCUCACUCCACUGCUGACUCACUGCCAUUCACCGUGCCCGGCUCCAGCAAAGCCAAAGUUCAGGUGUUGCGCUCUGUUCAUUCCUGGUCCGCUGGAACAUUUGAGAGGUCGAUUCAGAACGCCUACAUAGAGACCAUCAAGAACAGCAAGCACUACAUCUACAUCGAGAACCAGUUCUUCAUCAGCUGUGCGAAGGAGAAGGUCGUUGAAAACGGGAUCGGCGAUGCGAUUGUGGAGCGAAUCCUGCGCGCUCACAGAGAGCACAAGAAGUUCAGGGUGUUUGUGGUGAUUCCUCUACUUCCUGGUUUUGAGGGAGACAUUAGGACAGGAGGUGGAAAUGCCAUCCAGGCUAUUCUACAUUACACUUACAGGACAAUUUGCCGUGGAGAGGACUCCAUCCUGUCCAAACUUAGUGAGGUAAAGGACCAGUGGACGGAGUACAUCACUUUCUGUGGUCUCAGAACUCACUCCAAGCUCUCCGGGUCGCUUGUCACUGAGCUGAUCUAUGUUCACAGCAAGACCCUGAUAGCUGAUGACCGCUGCUACAUCAUUGGGUCAGCAAACAUCAAUGACCGCAGCAUGCUGGGUGAACGGGACAGCGAGCUCGCUGUGUUGGUGGAGGAUGAGGAGAGGGUCCCGUCCAUCAUGGGAGGAGAGGAGUACGAAGCAGGACCCCUCACUCUCGCGCUACGCAAAGAGUGCUUCAGUGUUCUUGUCGGAGCAGCCUCUGACCCCAGCAUCACUAUAGACGAUCCGAUCAGUGAUGAGUUUUUCUUUCUGGUUUGGAACGAAACUGCUAAACUAAACGCCAUCAUUUACGACAAGGUCUUUUACUGUCUUCCCUGCGAUGCCGUUUCCAACCAUCGGAAGCUGAAGGAGUACACCAGCCAGACGCCGCUCUGUGACACCGACCCGGAGCAGGCAGAGGCGGAGCUUAAGGCCGUUCGAGGGUUCCUGGUCCACUUUCCCCUGAAGUUCCUGGGUGAGGAAAACCUGCUGCCUCCGUCGACCUCUAAAGAAGGCAUGGCUCCCUCAACUCUCUGGACAUAAUUUCUGACCUUCACAGAUUAAACCACUACCUGACAGCCUAACCUGGAACACUACAGGAGUUACAGACCAAGCAUUUAGAACCCCACUGAUUAAUUAACCUGUAUCUGGUCAUCCAGUCAACCAGCAGGCCUCACCUGAUCUGGGAACAUGCUGUCCAUUUACUGGUGCAGGAGUUUUGGUUUGGUGGGUGGGUGGCUCUGWCUCUUCCUCUCCCACUGAGGCUUCACCUCUCACUGCGGCGCCACAAAAACCUGUCAGAACAUUUGUGGUUGUUAUGGUGACGGUUCUGAAGAGAUGGUAGCUGAAAUAAAAGACUCGACGGGGCAGAGAAGAAGAGCACUUCGUACAAGUGCUGACUAAACCCGGAUGGUUUCACCAGAAUAUAAAAAAACGGAUUCGACGACAGAGAGUGUUUCGUGUUUUUACUAAAUAUGAGCCAGAAAACAAACAAAGGGACGAGAUAAUCGAAGGUUGACUUACUGGUCACCUCAUGUUAGAGUCACAGGCCUGAGGCAGCUGUGGAGGUGCAGCUGAGAGCUGAUAUCAUGUGUCUGACACAGUUCUCAUUGACUGCUGAGACCGCCAGCCUCAGCCAGCAGCAGCUCACAUUUUAAGAGCACUUUUUUUUAUUGUAUAAUWAGUUACCUAACUGAUCGAUGUGUAAAUGUGUAGCAGCAGGUUUUUUUCUUUUA